AUUGUGCAUUUUCUUGAGGAUAGUUUUGAUCAUUCAUUUGUGACAGACAUUCCUUGAAUAAUUGACUUCCUUCCUUCUUGUUUUGUCAAUCUCACUGUGAAACUCUCUCUCAUGGAUUGUCUGGGCCAAGCCUUGGGUACUUUCUUGGCUGAGAUAGGGCGUGGUAUGUGCAGAUCAACUUAUUCUCGGGCUGUUAAUACCAUCCGGUUCAAGUCAAACAUCAAUGCUUUGAAGGAUGCGCUCAAUGGCCUUAUGGAAGUUCAUAACAAAGUGAAGAAAGACCUCAAAAUCUUGGAAAUCAAAGGGAAAUCCUUGUCUGUGCAACUGAGGAGAUGGCUAAGAGAUGUGGAGGAGAUUGUCUCUGAAGCACAUUCAAUGCAGGAAAGGCGUGUUUCGUAUGCUCUGUCCUUGAAAUGCAGGCUGAGCAAAAAACUUGUGGUCAUUCUUGAGAAAGUCAAGAGGCUUGAGAAGCAAGGUGUAGAGCUUCUCGACAUAGUCUCUGUGGAAGGUAAAUCUGAACUAGUUGAAAAAAUCCUUGGACCCUCAAUUCCUGAUCAAACAACAGUGUCAGAGAUGUUAGCCAAAGUUCUAAGCUGUUUAAAGAGCGAUAAGGUUCAAAAGAUCGGUGUUUGGGGUAUGGGUGGAGUCGGGAAAACAACACUAGUCAGAGAACUGAACAAUAAGCUUUGGAAAGAAGCUGCUACGCAGCCUUUUGGUAUGGUGAUAUGGGCUACAGUUUCGAAAGAGUUUGAAGUGGGAAGGGUCCAGAAGCAAAUCGCCGAGAGGUUGGAAAUGGAAAUCAAACUAGGCGAAGACGAGGAGAAACUGGCGAGACGGAUUCAUGGAAAGCUUGAGAAAGGUGCUCGUGAUGACACAGUUAAAAUGCAUGAUGUGGUUCGCGAUUUUGCCAUAUGGGUCAUGUCUUCCUCGCAAGAUGAUAGUCACUCUCUUGUCAUGUCUGGCAUAGGCUUGCACGAGUUUCCACUGGAGAAGUUUUUGCCUUCUAUCCGAAGAGUUUCUUUGAUGAACAAUAAGCUUAAAAAGCUCCCUGAUCAGGUGGUAGAGUGUGUUGAACUCUCGGCUUUACUGCUACAAGGAAAUUUUCACCUUGAGGCAUUACCUGCAAGGUUCUUGCUAUCUUUUCCAGCACUUCGGAUUCUGAAUCUAAGUGGGACACGCAUAAUUUCAUUGCCUCUAUCCCUCAGAGAGCUUCAUGAGCUCCGAUCUCUCAUCUUGAGAGACUGCUACUACCUUGAAGAAGUUCCUUCCCUUGAAGGCCUUACAAAAAUUCAAGUUCUGGAUCUCUGUGCCACUCGUAUUAGGGAAUUGCCAAUAGGGUUGAAAACUUUGAACAGCUUGAGACUACUUGACCUCUCCCGAACACAUCACCUCGAAAGCAUUCCAGCUGGAAUCAUCCAACAUUUAUCGAGUUUAGAGGUUCUAGACAUGACGCUUAGUCAUUUCCACUGGGGCGUCCAAGGAAAAACUCAAGAAGGGCAAGCAACACUUGAAGACAUUGCGUGUCUCCAUCGUUUAUCGGUUCUCUCCAUCAGGGUCGUAUGUGUUCCACCUCUUUCCCCUGAAUACAGUUCUUGGAUAGAAAAGUUGAAGAAAUUCCAGUUGUUUAUUGGCCCAACUGCAAACUCCUUACCUAGUAGACAUGACAAAAGGAGAGUGACAAUAAGUAGUCUCAAUGUUUCAGAGGCCUUCAUUGGGUGGUUGCUAGUGAAUACAACCUCCCUAGUAAUGAACCAUUGCUGGGGUCUCAACGAAAUGCUGGAAAACUUGGUAAUUGAUAGCACAAGUAGCUUCAACGUUUUGAGGUCUCUAACGGUAGAUAGUUUUGGUGGAAGUAUAAGGCCUGCUGGUGGAUGUGUCGCGCAUCUGGAUCUUCUACCUAACCUCGAAGAACUUCAUCUGCGUCGUGUAAAUCUGGAAACCAUUAGUGAGCUCGUGGGUCAUCUGGGGUUAAGAUUUCAGACACUGAAACAUCUAGAAGUCAGCAGAUGUAGCCGGCUUAAAUGCCUUCUCUCGUUAGGGAACUUAAUCUGUUUCCUGCCGAACCUACAAGAGAUACACGUUAGCUUUUGUGAAAAGCUUCAGGAGCUGUUCGACUAUUCUCCAGGAGAAUUUUCAGCCUCCACUGAACCCUUGGUGCCUGCUCUGCGUAUCAUAAAGCUGACGAAUCUCCCGCGGUUAAACAGAUUAUGUAGCCAAAAAGGGUCAUGGGGAUCUUUAGAACAUGUGGAAGUGAUAAGAUGCAAUCUUCUCAAGAAUCUACCCAUUAGCUCAAGUAACGCUCAUAGAGUCAAAGAAGUAAGAGGAGGAAGACACUGGUGGAACAACUUAUCUUGGGAUGAUAACACUACGAGAGAAGCCCUUCAACCUCGUUUUGUACCAGCUUGAUGGAAAUAUACUAACUGGCUCUCUUUGAGUCUCUUGUUAGCAGAUCUCCUACAAAAAUUAAGAGAGAUUAGAAGCUUCUCCAGUUUCAAAUAGAUCAUAAUCACAUUG